GUUGUUGUUCGACUCCUCAAACAAUACAGCAUUAGCCGUUCAGCAUUAUGGCAUUCGGAGAUUCAGGUGGUCGAGGCGGAUUUGGCGGAUUUGGUGGACGAGGAGGAGGAGGAGGAGGACGAGGAGGCUUCCGUGGUGCGCCGAGAGGCGGUAGAGGUGGAGGACGUGGUGGUCCCCCCGGGAGAGGAGGCGUUUUCAAACGAGGCGGCGACCGAGGACGAGGUGGAGGACGAGGCGGAGGAAGAGGUGAUAGGGGCGGUCGUGGAGGACGAGGAGGGGGCAGGGGCGGUGCAAGAGGUGGCGCGAAUGUUAUCUUGGAAAACCACCGACACCCUGGCGUCUUCAUUGCCAAGGGCAAGGAGAGCAUGCUGGUGACGAAGAGCAUAGCACCUGGGGAGGCGGUCUAUGGUGAGAAGCGGAUAUCUAUCGAUGGCGGCGUUGAGGGCACCAAGGUUGAGUACCGCGUGUGGAACCCCUUCCGGAGCAAGCUGGCCGCUGGUGUCCUCAACGGGGUCGAGGAGAUUUUCAUUGAGCCUGGACAGAAGGUUUUGUACCUUGGUGCAGCGAGCGGAACGAGUGUCAGUCACGUAGCCGAUAUUGUGGGUCCGGAAGGCGUUGUCUACGCAGUAGAGUUCUCCUUGCGCUCGGGGCGUGAUCUCAUCAAUAUGGCCAAGAAGCGGACAAAUGUCAUUCCCAUUGUGGAGGACGCCCGUACACCCCAAAAAUACCGCAUGCUCCUCUCUACCGUUGAUGCAAUCUUCGCGGAUGUCGCACAGCCGGACCAGGCUCGUAUCGUUGCUCUGAACGCAGAGUACUUCCUGAAGAACGAGGGCAAUGUCAUUAUCUCUAUUAAGGCCAGCUGUAUCGACUCGACCGCACCACCAGAGACUGUCUUUGCACGAGAAGUCCAAUUCUUGAAGGACAACAAGUUCAAGCCCCUUGAACAGGUCACGCUGGAGCCUUAUGAACGCGAUCACGCCAUGGUCACCGCCAAAUAUCAGAGGCAUAAAUAGUUCGUUGACUCGUCUUGUAGCUCGUGAUUUCUAUCCGUCCUGCCUCCGCUACUCAUUUCCUUGCUUGUCCUCCAUGUACGUGCUGUAUGUUUGAUCGUCGAAAAGUAGCCUUUCACGUUCUCUAUGGUGUAUAAAAUUAUGCAUAAUGGCCCUUUUUGUGCGCGUUUA